AUGGGUCGAAUGCAGCAUCUCUACCUGGUACUCGCCAUCGUAACUUUUUUGUUUAUUAUAUAUCUCUCAUCAAAUCUUCACGUCCACACUAAGAGUCGUCCUAGAGCAUUGGCUAACGAUUUAAAGCGCUUAGAGAACCUUAGGGGCUUUGCAAGAAGACUACGGCGCUUACUAGUAGAACUUUUUGAGACACAAGAGGGCUUGAUACAUUCGCAACGGCAGUUCUACCGUGUUAAACGACAUAUUCAACAUGUGAAGCAAAUGAUAAAAUUCGUGGAUGGACAAUCAAAGCAUGUAGACAAAGUUCCUGGCGAUUCCUCUUCAAAAAAUCAUGUUACAAAGAGAGAGGUUUGUCCUGAGAAAUUCAUGGGAAAGGAUUCUACUUAUGGGUAUCCAUUUUAUAGGAAAGGCUUCCAGGGGGAAAAUUGCACAGACUUUGUUCCAAUUGAUGAACUUGUGACGAUGAUUUUAACGUCACCAAGGGAACUAUCACCUGAAAAGCUACAAAAAGUCUUUGAAGGCAUUGCCACAUAUUAUCCAAGUGUUCCUGUAAUAUUUGUGUCAAGAAAAACUUUACGGUUAUUAAAGAGGCUGAAAGAACCAAGUUUGAAUUUAAAGCACAUGGGAUCUGAUGACCUAACUCAUGGACAAACAUGGUCUGAGUUACUCAAGAUGGUGACCACACCCUAUGCACUCUUUGCACCAGAUAUCACUUACUUCACUGAUGAUGUUAAUCUUGAACGCCUUGUACGGGUACUGAGUGAGAACAGGGAUGUCAUCAUUGCAGGAGGAAGCCAAAAGAAUCAACGGGGGGAGUGGGACAAUAGCUGUCGUCAAGUGCAAUUCAGAAAUUGGACUGCAUACUUUUCAGAUGGGUAUUACCACUCGUUUAAUGACUGUGUACAAUGUGAUGUGCUGCUUGGUCCAUUUAUGGCAAAAACCAAAGAACUCCAGGAACUUGGAAUUAAUAGAAAGUAAGUUUGUAUUUAAGUUCUUUAUGUAAAUUUACCACUACAUGAGGGGAAUAGGGACAGAUGCUCGGGAGAGCAAUUUUAGACGAGGAAGGUGCUUUCUGAACUGUUUGUGUCCACACACAACUUGUUUCUUUGAGCUCACUGCAAUGAAAGCCCGUCAACAGUUACUUAGGAGCUUCGUUUUCAGUUGUGUGUAUAACCCGAAGGCUGCAUUUACAGGCCUGAAUUGGUUCACGGUACUGGGUAUUUCAAUACCCAUAUUUAAGAAUGUGGAUUAAGGAAAAAGCAUAAUGUAGUCUUAACAUUCUAAAUUCCAAUUCGACCAGGAAACAUUGGACAAGUCUCCCACCUCACCUCUCAAUGGGAUGGAGCCAUAGAAAGAGUGUGAAUUUCCUUUCAAAGUGAACACCUCAAGAUUUCAUUUGUUAUUUCUUGCUUUUCUAGACUACAUUUCGGUGCCUUUCAAGAUUUAUUCUGGCGAUUAAAACUCAAACAUCCAGAGAAAGUUGUUGCCAGCUGCCCUGAUGUCAUGUUCGACACUUACGAGCGAGAAAUUCCAGAUGAAAAAUAUGUCGCCUUGGCUAAAAAAUGGGAUUUGAAGAAAUGGGUAGAGUCUAAUGGGCGAGUGCGUUGGUAUGGAUGCAGGAGAGGCGGACAUGCACAUAGCGGUAAAUCUUCUUGUCGUUUUCGAGCCAAAGGACUCGCUGUUCCUCCUUGUGACUUGGAGAAUCUCGCUGACAUAGUCAAGUUUAUCCUGAAUGAAUGUGAAAAAGCUGGGAUUUACUGUCAACUUAAUGCAGGAACAUUAUUAGGUAAUGUGCUCAUGUGACUACUAUAUUUGAGGGACGUGCAGUUUAAAUAGACUCCGUUGCCUUUUCAGGAUCCAUAUAGGUUGGUCUUACUGAUAGAAGAAACAUUAAUGACAGGAGAAGGUCGCUCUGACCUAUAUUAGUCCUUGAUAUUUUUUAAGGAUUCGUUUAUAAUAGAUAUUCUUGUUCUGUUGAAAAGACAACAAAGUUAUUUUAAUGUCAAUGACAGUUGUUUCUAUUGAUGUCAAAAAGAGUAAUACCAUCUGGAAACCUCCCCUCUAACUUUGAGGUGGCCAGAGUGCCACCAUUACCAUGGUCAUCCCAAGAUGGCAUUAAGAAAGUUUUAAGUGAAACAUUUCAAGCUAAUCAACUUUAAUUUUUCUCUGUUGAAGGUGCUGUUAAGUUCAAAAAGGUGUUGCCAUGGGAGCGGGACGCUGACAUCUUCUUUAUUUCAGACAACUACACAGCAAUUAAAAAUCUUCGUCCAAGAUUUGAAGCGGCAGGCUAUAAAUUUAUAGAUAAAAAAGGAACAGAAUGCUGCACAAAUGGACGCAUGAAAUCUGGCAUUUUUAAGAUCAAAGGAAAUGGCUGGACUGUUGACUUGUGGGGAAGACCGACUCUUGAGGCCGAGAUACUUGUAGCUAAUGGUCAGCAGCCCACUAAAGUGAUGUUUGCUGGUCAGUGGGUCAUUGGCGCGCGCAAUCCAGCUCUUUCCUCUCGUAAUCGAUAUGGACCCAACAUGUAUCAUCAUGCAGAGCAUUGGAAAGUUAUAGGAAACGCAAAUGGGGAUGCGCUGUACAAAUCGGGUGUUUGGACCAAAUGUUCCAAGCCUGGACACAUGGGGUGCCUAGACCAGUUCCCCACUGAUGGUGAUCUUCAGUUUGGUGACUUCUUUAUGGCCUAA